UGGCCAGGUCAGGCUCCCCGGCUGGGACAGAGGCGCCCUCUGCCUCUUUUCAACCUCUCUCUGCCUGUGGCCUCUACCUCUGCCUCUCCCGCCCCCCUCCCAUCCCAUGCGCUCAUGAGCUGGUCCCCAGAAGAGUGCAGGGGGCAGGGAGAGCCCCCCGGUGACAGGCACACCCUCUGUGCCAGGCUGGUGGAGAAACCCAACGGAGGGUCUGAGGAGCACACCCAGUCUGGCCCGGGACCCAUUGUCACCCGCACGGCCUCAGGACCUGCCCUUGCCUUCUGGCAGGCAGUGCUGGCUGGGGACACGGGCUCUGUGUCCCGCAUCCUGGCAGACUCCAGUACCAGCCUGGCUCCUGAUUCCGUCUUUGAUACCAGCGACCCAGAGCGAUGGAGGGAUUUCCGCUUCAACAUCCGUGCUCUGAGACUCUGGUCUCUAACAUAUGAAGAGGAGCUGACCACCCCACUUCACGUGGCAGCCAGCCGUGGCCACACGGAAGUUCUGCAGCUGCUGCUGAGGCGGAGAGCCAAGCCAGACAGUGCCCCCGGGGGCCGCACUGCCCUGCACGAGGCCUGUGCUGCAGGUCACACUGCAUGUGUCCAUGUGCUGCUGGUGGCAGGAGCUGACCCCAAUAUCCCCGACCAGGAUGGGAAGCGCCCCCUGCAUCUCUGCCAUGGGGCUGGCGCCCUUCAGUGUGCGGAGCUGCUCCUGCGCUUUGGUGCACAAGUGAAUGGUCGGUCUGAAGAAGAAGAGGAAACUCCUUUGCAUGUGGCUGCCCGACUCGGCCACGUGGAACUGGCAGACCUGCUUCUAAGACGGGGUGCGUGCCCGGAUGCCCGCAAUGCCGAAGGCUGGACGCCACUGUUGGCUGCCUGUGACAUCCACUGCCAGUCUCCUGCUGAUGCCGAGGUCACCACCACCCGUUGUUUCCAGCUGUGCCGCUUACUGCUGUCAGCAGGGGCAGAUGCCGAUGCUGCCGACCAGGACAAACAGCGCCCCCUGCACCUGGCCUGUCGCCAUGGCCAUGCCGCCGUUGUAGAGCUGCUCCUGUCCUAUGGUGUCAGUGCCAAUGCCAUGGACUAUGGGGGACACACAGCCCUGCACUGUGCUCUGCAGGGUCCAGCUACGGCCCUGGCCCAGAGCCCUGAGCACGUGGUGCGGGCUCUGCUCAACCACGGCGCUGUCCGAGUCUGGCCGGGAGCCCUCCCCAAGGUCCUGGAGCGCUGGUGCACGUCCCCGCGGACCAUCGAGGUCCUGAUGAACACCUACAGCGUGCUGCGGCUUCCUGAGGAGGCCAUGGGCCUGGUGCCUCCUGAAACUCUGCAGAAGCACCAGCGCUUCUACUCUUCCCUAUUUGCCCUGGUGAGGCAGCCCCGGUCACUGCAGCAUCUGAGCCGCUGCGUGCUGCGCGCACACCUGGCAGGCUGCCUGCCUCAUGCUCUGCCCCGUCUUCCACUGCCACCCCGCCUGCUCCGCUACCUGCAGCUGGACUUCGAGGAUGUGCUCUACUAGGUGUGCACCCCCUUGAAGAGCCUGAAAGCAGAUGCCACAGCCUUCAGGGGGCUCUUUGAACUCAGGUCAGCCAGGUGGCCCUGUCAGCAGAAUGUCCCUCUCCACAGGCAGGUGUGGAUGCUGAGAUUCCCACCUGAGAGGGGCAAACAGAUCACACAUCCAAGUGACAUCUGAUGAAGAGAGCAAGUGACGCACUCCCCUCCUGAGCACCUCUCUAACCUGUAUGUGCAUUAAAAACCUCCAGGCCAAGCUGGGGCACCCCUGUAAUCCCAACAAUUUGGGAGGCUAACGCAGGAGGACUGCAAGUUGCAGACCAGCCUCAGCAAUUUAGUGAGGCCCUGUCUCAAAAAAAAAAAAUAAAAGGG